AUGAGUCAAGGUGAGGAAAGCAGUGGCAACUCAACAUGGAAUAUUGUGAGGUCAGUAGUCUGCAUAAUACUGGGCUUGUCAUUUAUAAUUGGCACCCCUGGAAACUGCAUUGUCAUCUGGACUGUUUGUACCAAAAUGAAGCAAGUGUCUCUUUCAGUCCUGCUGAUCUUGAACCUGGCCAUUGCUGAUAUCCUUGUACUGAUCACUUUACCAAUCUGGAUUUACUCUUUUGCUGACUCCUGGGUUUUUGGAGUCAUCUUCUGCAAAUUGUUGGUUUUCAUUAUUUACUGCAGCAUGUAUGCCAGUAUAUUUCUGAUUACAGCACUCAGCUUGGAGCGGCUACUGGCUGUGUUUUACCCUUUCACAAUUCAAACAUACAGAAGAAAAGGAAAAGUUUAUUUGAUUGUACUCCUCAUUUGGUUCCUGUCUAUUGCCUUUGGCAUUUCUGUCAUUCCAUUUCAAGAGACAGAAGAAAUGAACGGUCGACUUCUGUGCACGUGCCGCAACUACUCUUCUAAUAGACAGAAAGUGUCUUUUCUUCUGCUGGAGACCCUUGCAGGUUUUGUAAUCCCUUUUUUAAUUAUUUGCACUUGUUAUGUGUGUGUUGUAAGAAGAAUAAGCAGAAUGACUUACCAAUCCAAGCGGCGAUCGGAGCGUCUCAUUGCCAGCGUCGUGGUGGCAUUCAUUCUGUGCUGGUUCCCUCACCACAUCUUUAACAUCCUGGACAUCAUUUCAAUUGAAAUAGAACUCUCUAAUGAGGAGAUGUCUUUGGCACUGGAAGAAAUUGUAGACAAAGGAGUGUACAUCUCUGGAGCACUUGUAUUCAUCAGUAGCUGUAUUAAUCCUCUGCUUUAUGCUUUUGCUGCACGAAGGUUUCAGAACCACCUGAGAUUUGCCAAGAUAUCAAAGCUGUUUGAACAGAUCAGUCAGACUGUAACAGAGGAAGACAAGAAAAGAAGUCUGGUUGUAGCCAAACAUGAAGAUCCUUUGGUAGGCACAGAAAAUCUCUAACAAGGAACUCAGUGAAUAAUCUGUGUCAUUCCUUCAGUAAUCCUUUCUCCUCAUUCUCUCAGUUUCAUUUACUGAGCAGUCCAGGGAAAGACAUAGAGAAAGAAAAGCUUUUUGGAU